AUGGCAUCCACAAAGUCGAGUUCUUCCAAAGCGCCAGGCACCGAUUCUGAGACACCGAGCGCUCAUAGACAUGCAAGCCACGCCGUGGGUGGUUAUAACUGGGACGAGUUUCGUCAUUUUCUCGACAGUCAGGGAACGCUGUGGCACUCCGCUGUCCUUGGCGCGCCUGCGAGUGUCGCGCCAAACACGAUCUUUGAGCUUGCACCGACAACAGCAGAAGCUGGCAAGGCAAUCGCUUUUCGACCCCGUCUUGACGCUUACUAUGACGCUGCCUCACAUAAGAUCGUCAUGCUUUUCGACCUUCCCGGGUUUGAAAAGAAAGAUAUUUCCGUCGAGGUCGACGACCAUGCCAUCAUCAUUUCGGGAACUCGGGAUCGACUGAAAGACAAGGACUUGUUCGGGGAGAAGAGCCGUGAACUCAUCAAGGAGCGCGCCUUCGGUCACUUUUGCCGAAAGUUCCAGCUGCCGACAAAUGCAGUUGAAGAGUCGGUCUCGGCAACCAUGACCGGAGGCGUUCUGGAGGUAACCGUGGAAACCCGUGAACAAGAGACUUCCCAAACCAAAAAGAAGAUUGAAAUCUCGUAA